UUUAUUUAUUUUCAUAAAUCAUCCCAAAUGAUUUCUGUGUUUUCAUGUGAUGCCUUCCUAUUUAUUUUCUUUGACUGCUGGAAAGCACAAGAUAUUUUUGAAACCACGCGAAUUUUGAAAUUCUUACAUUAAUGCAACAUUUGUAUUUUCAGAAGCCGAUUUACAAAUUUUUUUAAUCUGUUGCCGCAGAAUUAAAAAAAAGAUUAUUCCGCUCAAUUUUCGCCAAAAUAUUUCUCGGGAUUUUUCGUUUUUUUUCGAUUGUAAGAUAAAUAAAAAAACUGAAAGUUUAUCUGUGCAAAGUGUUUAUACUUGAUGGUUGCCCACAAUAAAUCUGCAAUUUUUAAAAAAAUUACAAGCGAAGGGAAUUUUUAAUGAAGCAAAGGCGCUUCACAGUAUGUAUUUUACUUCGGUCGUUAUUUCACAGCAGGAAUACUUUUAUUCUAGCCUUAUUUUGAAUUUUUGCUAUAUUGCCUCAACCAAUCCUUUAAAUGUUUGCCUCAAGCAUCUCACAUCAAUCUUGCGAUUUUAACACACACACAAAAAAAAAAGAAUCAAAGCUAAAAUAGUCGAUGGCUGCUGCUGAUAAAUUUUCCGCAUUAUUGUGCAUUUUAUAUACGGGUACCAGGAACAAUAAGGAAGUGAUCAAUUCGAUGCUUCUUUUUUUCUAUCAAAAUUUUAUGGAAAAUGUUUUCUUUCAUCCAGGGACAUGUUUUGCAGAAUAUUUUUCGCAUAAAUAUUUAUUUUUUUACAGCUUACAGUUUGCUAUAUUUUUGAUUGAGGGGAAGAAAUAAUUAUGCAGAAAAGAGCACCUGAGAAGUUUGUCAUUGAGGAUGGAGAAGCAGGAAAAAAGAGAAGAGAGGCAGAAGAGACAGGAGAAGGAGAGAAGAAAGGAGGUGUCCUGGGGUACCUUAUGGUCAUAGCCAGGGUCCUUGUGGCACUGGGGCUUUUGUAUGUCUUCAUCUGCUCCCUGGACUUGCUGUCAGCUUCCUUCAGGCUCCUUGGUGGGAAAGCAGCAGGAGAGAUUUUUGGGAGUCCACUUUUGCGCAACCCUGUUGUAGGGAUGGUCAUUGGUAUUCUGGUCACUGUCUUGGUCCAGAGUUCAUCCACUUCCACUUCACUGGUGGUGUCCAUGGUCACUGCUGGCUACUUGGAAGUCCAACAAGCCAUUCCAAUGUUGAUGGGGGCCAAUGUGGGGACAUCCAUCACCAAUACAUUGGUGUCCUUCAGCCAGGUUGGGGACAGAGAGGAGUUCAGGAGGGCCUUUGCAGCAGCCACUGUGCAUGACAUGUUCAACUGGCUCACUGUGAUUGUCUUGUUGCCAAUAGAGGUCAUUACACAUAUGCUGUAUCACAUUUCAUAUGGACUGACCAAUUCCUUGGCAACUGAUGCAAAUUCCACAACCACCAAAGAGAUUGAGCUGCUCAAGGUCAUCACAGAUCCUUUGACAAAAAGGGUUGUGCAGUUGGACUCAAAAGUACUUGAAGCCUGGUCACUGGGGGAUGUGAACAACCAGUACUACAACUACACUUCACUGCUCAAGAAUUGCUCCAAGAAGUGUGACCCAGAAACUUACCUGUUUUUUGACACUGGCAUGGAUGACACAGCCACUGGGGGAAUCCUGUUGGCUAUAUCACUUGUCAUGAUGUCUGGCUGCCUCAUCUUGCUGGUCAAGGUCCUCAACUCCAUCCUUCAAGGUCAAAUCUCCUCCUCUGUGAACCGAGUCAUCAACAUGGAGUUUGCCUACCCUUUCUCCUGGGCCCCAGGCUACAUUGCCAUAGCAUUGGGUGCCAUCAUGACCUUCCUGGUCCAGUCCAGCUCAGUCUUCACCUCAGCCCUGACCCCGUUGGCAGGCAUGGGCCUGGUCACCCUGGACCGCAUGUACCCUCUGUGCCUGGGCUCCAAUGUGGGCACCACGUCCACAGCUGUCCUAGCUGCCCUGGCAGCUGGCCCAGACCACAUCAGAGACUCUCUGCAGGCAGCCCUCUGCCACAUGCUCUUCAACUUGUUUGGCAUCAUGCUCUUUUACGUGGUACCAGCCAUGAGGUGGCCUGUGGGACUGGCCCAAAUGCUGGGAGACAUCACAGCAGAGUACCGGUGGUUCGCAGUGGCGUAUUUGGUCAUCAUGUUCCUCAUGUUCCCACUCUGCGUGUUUGCACUGUCCCAGGGUGGGGAGGUGGUGUUUCUGGCAGUGUUGGUGCCGUGUUUGGUCCUGGCCGUUGUUGUGGUGCUGGUGAAUGUGGUGAAGCGGCGGAGACCGCAGUGGUUGCCGGAGCCACUGAGGAGCCACGGGUGGCGCUUUCUGCCCAGGCCACUGCGCAGUUUGAGGUUCUAUGAUGAGAUUGUGGUGCAGGCCAAGUGUUGGAGAAAGAGGAUGGGCAAAGGUGAGGCCUCUUCUUCUGAUGCUCUGGAAGCAGGUAAUAAUGAUAGUGGUGGUGCAGGAGCAGCUACUAGGGACCAGAGUGGUACUUUUGCUGUUACUGCUGCUGGUGUGGAUAAUGCUGCCUUUGAUGAGGAUGGCAUCAUCAUCAUCAGCAAUAAGAACAGCUAGUGUUGCUAUUUUGUGUGGUGUAUGUGUGUGCCACCUGAGGCUGUGCUCUUUCCAACUGGUGUGUUUGUGAGUAAUUAUUGAAUUACUGGAAGAAAGAAACCUACAUUAUGUUGAUAA